UUGAGCAGUCCAGCACCAGCUAAUCCAUGAGGUUCAAUCAGGCUGAGUAAUUGGGGGAAUGUGUCGACUCUGAAUUACAAUGAGCAGCAGGGAAGGCUCUGUCAGCUGACGAAUCAGGGAUAGUGGUUUUUUUGCAGCGCUGCCACGGUGGUAAUGGAAGCAGCUACGGUAGCUUUGUUUGAUAGAGAUUUUUGGCUGCCGCUUUUAAAUACUACCUAAGAAGCGGCUCAUAUUUCAUCAAUGUGGCAUUGACAAUUGGAAAAGAAGAGUGUUAUUGUGUAUAGGCGAGAUGGCAGAAGCAACUCCCCCGAGAGGCAAGAUGAGGUUCAGAAGGAAUGCGGCUUCCUUCCCUGGGAACUUGCACUUGGUUUUGGUCCUUCGUCCUACCAGUUUUCUCCAACGAACUUUCACAGACAUUGGAUUUCGAUUUAGUCAGGAAGAUUUCAUACUCAAAUUACCAGUUGUUAUGCUGAGCUCAGUUAGUGAUUUGCUGACAUACAUUGAUGACGAGCAGUUAACCCCUGAGUUAGGCGGCACCUUGCAGUACUGCCACAGUGAAUGGAUCAUCUUCAGAAAUGCUAUAGAAAAUUUUGCCCUCACAGUGAAAGACAUGGCUCAGAUGUUACAGUCCUUUGGAACUGAACUGGCUGAGACAGAACUACCAGAUGAUAUUCCCGCAAUAGAAGAAAUCCUUGCAAUUCGUGCUGAAAGGUACCACCUGUUAAAGAAGGAUAUUACAGCUGUAACCAAAGAAGGAAAAAUCCUGCUAACAAAUCUGGAAGUGCCUGAUGCCGAGGGUGCUGUGAGUUCAAGACUUGAAAAUCAUCAGCAAAUUUGUGGUGACUGGCAAACUAUUAAUAAAUUGCUGACUCAAGUACAUGAUAUGGAAAUAGCUUUUGAUGGAUUUUGGGAAAAACACCAGCUAAAAAUGGAGCAAUAUCUGCAGCUCUGGAAGUUUGAGCAGGAUUUUCAAGAGCUCGUGAGUGAAGCUGAACUUCUUUUAAACCAACAAGCAGAGUUGGCAGAUGUAACAGGGAAUAUAGCUCAAGUAAAACAAAAAAUUAAAAAGUUGGAAAACUUAGAUGAAAAUUCUCAGGACCUGUUAGCAAAGGCCCAGUUCGUGAUACUACAUGGACACAGGCUCGCAGCAAGUCACCAUUACGCCCUGGAUUUGAUCUGCCAGAGGUGCAAUGAGCUACGUUACCUUUCUGAUAUUUUGGUGAAUGAGAUCAAAACCAAACGGAUACAGCUCAGCAGGACCUUUAAAAUGCAUAAAAUCCUCCAGCAGGCUCGCCAGUGCUGUGAUGAAGGAGAGUGCCUUCUGGCUAAUCAAGAAAUAAAUAAGUUUCAUUCUAAAAAAGAUGCUCAGAAAGCCCUCCAAGACAUCGAAAAUUUUCUUGAAAUGGCUCUACCCUUUAUAAAUUAUGAUCCUGAAACCCUGCAGUAUGAAUUUGAUGUGAUUUUAUCCCCUGAACUGAAGGCUCAAAUGCAGACCAUACAACUCAAGCUUGAAAACAUCCGAAGUAUAUUUGAGAACCAACAAGCCGGUUUCAGAAACCUGACUGAUAAGCAUGUGAGGCCAAUUCCAUUUGUAGUACCUGCUUCUGACAGUUUGAUCAGAUCUAGAGAACCAUUUUUUUCACCUAAACAAGUGGGAGUUGGAUACUCUUUCUUUCAAGCAUGUAAACUUUUUUCAAAAGGGAGGAAGACUUGGAGACAAAAUCAGAGCAACAUAAAAAUUGAAGCGGUGCAUGAUUGUCAGGAGAAGAGUAGUUCUGCUCAGUCCUCCAGUUUGGACAAUGGCAAUAGCCUGGAUGUUUUAAAGAACCACGUCCUAAAUGAGCUGGUACAGACAGAGAGGGUGUAUGUUCGGGAACUAUUUGCUGUUUUGUUGGGCUAUAGAGAGGAGAUGGAUAAUCCAGAGAUGUUUGACCUUAUACCACCUCUCCUGAGAAAUAAAAAGGAUGUUCUCUUUGGAAAUAUGGCAGAAAUAUAUGAAUUCCAUAACAACGUUUUCAUGAGCAGUCUGGAAAAUUGCGUUGUUGCUCCAGAAGGAGUGGGACCUUGUUUCCUGGAAAGGAAAGAUGAUUUUCAAAUGUAUGCAAAAUACUGUCAGAAUAAGCCCAGGUCAGAGGCAAUUUGGAGGAAGUAUUCAGAAUGCGCCUUUUUCCAGGAAUGUCAAAGAAAAUUAAAACACAGACUUGGUCUAGAUUCCUAUUUACUGAAACCAGUGCAACGGAUUACUAAAUAUCAGUUACUGUUGAAGGAGCUAUUAAAAUAUAGCAAAGACUGCGAAGGAUCUGUACAAUUAAAGGAGGCACUUGACAUGAUACUGGAUUUACUGAAGUCAGUUAAUGACUCAAUGCAUCAGAUUGCAAUAAAUGGCUAUAUCGGAAACUUAAAUGAGCUGGGCAAGAUGAUAACGCAGGGUGCAUUCAGCGUUUGGAUUGGACACAAGAAAGGUGCUACAAAGAUGAAGGAUUUUGCUAGAUUCAAGCCAAUGCAGCGGCACCUUUUCUUGUAUGAAAAAGCCAUUGUUUUUUGUAAAAGGCGUGUUGAAAGCAGAGAAGGCUCUGAUCGAUACCCGUCAUACAGUUUUAAGCACUGUCUGAAAAUGGAUGAAGUUGGAAUCACUGAAUAUGUAAAAGGAGAUAACCGCAAGUUUGAAAUCUGGUAUGCUGGGAAGGAAGAAGUUUAUAUUGUCCAGGCUUCAAAUGUAGAUGUGAAGAUGACGUGGUUAAAAGAAAUCAGAAGUAUUUUGUUGAAGCAACAGGAACUUAUGACAGUUAAAAAACAAGAACAACAUAAUCAGUUAACGGAACAGAAUCUUUCUUCUCAGCGGAAUGAAAGGCAACAGGGAGCUUUUAUAGGCGCUGAGGAAACUGACUUGGAGCACACCAGCGCUAUGGUGGAAGUCGGUGAGGCCAUCGCGUCAGUUCGGGCAGAAGCAAAUACAGUUUGGACUGAGAUGUCAUCACCUGCAGAAAUCUCUGGUGAGCCUGAGGAAUGGUCCAGUAACUAUUUCUACUCUUCUUAUGAUGGCAAUGAAGAAGAAAGGCCUCUAAUGAUGCUGCUCUGAGUAACACAAGGAAACUAAGUUCCCCUUGAAUUAAAGGAGAAUGAAUAGACUUUAAAAAAUAAGAUUUCCUUUGGAGGUAUGAACUAGAUUACAGUUCUUAAAAGUGUUACAGAUAAACAGCACAAGAGUCAGGAUGAUCCUAUGCUACCCAUGACAUUCACAGAACUUCCUCAGGACUGAGGUGGACUUCGUCAUUCACAGUUUGUCUCAUUCUUGCGAGAAGCCAUCUUCACACCUUCCAUCCCCCCAGGUGAAAAGUGCAGUGUUAUUUUGUUUCCAAGUAGGGUUUUUCAUGGCAUGCAUUCAGAUUCCAUCUAAACAAAACAGAAAAAAAUCCAAAGAGAGAAAAGAGAUAAUCAGAGGUUUUAAACCCCUUUGGUAAUUGAUAGUGUAUGUUAUUAUUUAAUUUUGUUAACUAUGUGACUAUAAUGUACCAAAGGGAUACGUUCUGAAGGACCUCUUUUGCACUUGGACUGGUAUUUAGUGUUGUCAGAGCUGUCUUAAUGGUUCUAAAAAGACCCAAAGCUAAAAAUCCUGCAGUUAGGAUGUGUUGAAGUUUACACUUUAUGCAUUGAAAUUUAGAUACAUUACAGCUUUAAGUUAAAUAUUCAUAUUUACACAAGAGGUAUUCCUAUAACAAAGCUCUGCUUUCCAGUGUCUUUACUUGCUUUUGAGUUUUCUAGAAAAACCUAUCCUAGUGCAGGUUUUCUUAAGUUAUAUUGUGUUUCUUCCUGUGGUUUUUCUUUGAUAAUGUAUGUAUAGAUGUCCUUCUUUUAAAUAUGUAAACAGCGAGAUCACUUGUUUUAAAGCACAGGCCCAGUUGUUGCAUGCAGUGUUGAACUUAGGCUUGGCAUAUUUUAUAUUAUGGGCCACUGAAGACAAUGGUUUGAAAUUGCUGCCUUUUGAAUCAUGGAUCGUGAGUUUUACUAUCAAAUUGGCAUAUUAGGUGCAUGGUUUUUGAUGAUUGGUUUUACAAAAAACAACACAAUAUAUAAUACAUAAAUUAACUUUUAAGUAGGUUUGUGUAUAAUGUCAAAUCAUAGUUUAUUUCAGUGGUAUCAUUAGAUGUAACCAUUUAUAUGACAAACCAAUUGUAUUUUAUUCAAAGUUACCUGUAAAUUAUAAAUCUUCUAAUGUCAAAUUGCUGGAAUUUGUGAUGGUUGAUUUAUAACUGACUCAUGAAAAUGUCCAUAUGUUUGAUAUUUCAAUUAAUGCUUCUGCAACAAUAACAACAACAAAAUGAUAUUAAAAUACAUUUCUUUUGUGUGCUGACCCUGCGGUUAGAAGACAGAAUUAGGAGAUAAAAUCUUUGAAUAAUGAUGCCCCUCUGCACAAGGCAUUUUAUUUUCAUGGUAUUAAACUAGGGAUUUUAAUCAUUUAAGAAAGUACUGAGUUCUAUAUAUUCAAACAUACAGUGUAGUCUUUUAAUGUUUUAAUCACUGUACAAUGAAUGCUAUAUUUGUACAUGUAUUUGUAUAUGUAACUGCACUGUAUUAAUAUUUUCGGGUUUAUAAAUGUGUGUUACUAUGAAACAUAGCAGCAAUUUCCCUUUAAGUCUUCAAAUUUUA